UGUGACAUUUUUGACAGUUACUGCUUCCUCUUGUCAACCUAAAGUGACUACAAAUUCUUGAACUUCUAAAAACAUAAAACUUUAAACUGAUGGCUUCACUUAUUGUUUCUAUAUUAAUAAUAUAAGUGCAGCCGACGAUUUUUUAAUCACUACGGUUCGUUUUGUUGACUGUAAGGUUAUCGUCAAUGAAACAACAAUAACUUUCUUACAGUACCUUUUUUCUUUAAACAUUUAGAGAAAAUUUAAAAAGAUAUGAGUGAUACCGAUGUAAUGGAAGUGGAUGAAAUACCAUCAAAGCCUUCCAAGUCCCAAGUUGGCAGCAGCGGCUCGAAAGCAGUAUCCCAUUUACCGUGGAUAGAGAAGUACCGGCCUAUAACGUUCAGCGAUGUUGUUGGCAAUGAGGACACCGUGUCGAGGCUGGCCGUGUUCGCGCGCACGGGGAACGCGCCCAACAUCAUCAUCGCGGGCCCGCCCGGCGUGGGCAAGACCACCACCAUCCUAUGCCUGGCGCGCGCGCUGCUGGGCGCCUCCUUCCGCGACGCCGUACUUGAGCUCAACGCCUCUAACGACCGCGGCAUCGACGUCGUGCGCAACAAGAUCAAGAUGUUUGCACAACAAAAGGUGACACUACCACCUGGACGACAUAAGAUGGUGAUCCUGGACGAGGCGGACAGCAUGACGGAGGGCGCCCAGCAGGCGCUGCGCCGCACCAUGGAGCUGUACUCGCAUACCACGCGCUUCGCUCUGGCCGCCAACAACUCCGAGAAGAUUAUAGAGCCCAUACAGUCGCGCUGCGCGGUACUGCGGUACUCGCGCCUCACUGACGCGCAGAUACUCGCAAAGGUCUUGGAGGUGUGCGAAAAGGAGCAGCUGUCGUACACGGAGGAGGGGCUGAACGCGGUGGUGUUCACUGCGCAGGGCGACCUGCGCGCCGCGCUCAACAACCUGCAGGCCACGGCGCAAGGCUUCGCGCACGUCAGCGCCGACCACGUGUUCAAGGUGUGCGACGAGCCACACCCCAUGCUGGUGCGGGGCAUGCUGGCCGCCUGCGCGCGCCGCGACAUCCACGAGGCCUACAAGGUCAUCGCCAAGCUGUGCAAGCUGGGCUACGCGGCCGAGGACAUCGUCAGCAACGUGUUCCGCGUUUGCAAGACGCUGGACGUGGACGAGGCCACGCGGCUGGCGUUCGCGCGAGAGGUGGGGCUGACGCAGCUGCGCGUGGCGGACGGCCUGAGCUCGCCGCUGCAGCUGGCGGGUCUGCUGGCGCGCUGCUGCCGCGCCGCCGCCCCGCCGCCCCGUAGCGGCUUCUGAGCGGCGCGGCCAGAUUCCAAUAAUUGUGAUUUAGACAGAUAAUUAUGGCUUUAAGAGCAAGAUAUUUCUAAGAAAACAUACCCUGUUUAAUGUCUGAACUAAAAUUGUAAAACUCUCAGAAACUUGCCUACCUGCUUCAAUUUUAGUGUUAUUCCAGUACAAAAGUUCAAAAUGUGUCAGUGUUAUCAAAAUUGUUAUUGGUAUAAGAGCCAAUGCAAAUGGCACUUUCUACACAACACGACAUAAUGAAAAUGACAUACCGCGACAGAUGUUACUGUAACAGAACAGUCUUUGUGGUUUUGAUUACUUUUAUAAACAUAUUAUACGUUCAAUAAAAACCGCGCGUGAAACAGCAGGUAUUCAAUACUGUAGAAUGUGGAACGAGGAAGAUUGGGAUGUCUACCCAAGUAAAA